ACAGUAGUUACACUAGUAGCAUGAACUUGAAUAGACAUUGUUGCUUAAUGAUACCAAAUUUGUAGUGUUUGAAGUGAUAUUUAAGUCUAUAAUACUAUAUAUUUAAGGCACAAAUUUAUUUACGUUUGUAAUAAACAUAAAUCUUUAUAUAAAUUAUUAUUAUUAUAAUUUUUUAUUAAAAUGAAUGACAAAGAGCAAAAAGUAUCAAAAGAGAUAGAUCUUCUGCGCGCAUUGGAUGAACUUGAGAAGAAGAACACAUUUAUUUGGAUUAUUUUUUCGGUUGCUGCUAUGGCAUCACUGUUAAAUGGAAUUAAUUCAUUAUCUUAUGUUUUUUUAGCUGAGAUACCCGAAUUUCGAUGUUCAGUUUCGGAUCUUAUCAACACAAAUUGGACAUUUGAUCAAAUUAAGAUAAUCUCUGAAGCUGACGAAUGCCAUCAAUAUGAUCAUAAUUACACAUAUUUAACCAAUUUAAAAUACAAUGAAGCUAUAGAAUAUGUAAAUGGUUAUGAAUUUAUGCCAAGUAUUAUUUCCUGUAAAACGUUUAUGUUCAAUGAAACUGGAAGAUCAUCAAUUGUCAAUGAAUGGCAAUUGGUGUGUGAAAAAAAACUCUAUCGAGCCAAUACAUAUGUAGUGUACGUCCUAGGAAAAAUGUGUGGAUUAGGAAUAUUCGGAGUUUAUGCAGAUCUUUACGGAAGAAAAUACUCACUGAUUAUUAGUAUAUUUUUGCAAAUUAUUGCUGAACCCGCUAGUGCAUUAGUACCAGGGUUUUGGGAAUAUCUUAUUCUCAGAUUUAUAACUGGAGUUGGUUUGGGCGCCAUGUAUUCAUCGGCAUACACUUUAAUGUCAGAAGCAACAAACAAUCGUAAAAGAAAGCUCCUGGUCGCUGCAAUUGAGUGCAUUUAUGCACUGGGAAUUUUUUGUCUCGUACUUACGGCUUACUUGAUCCCACAUUGGAGGAAUUUACAAUUGGCAUUGUCAUGUUUCGUUCUUCCAGCAAUUAUUCUAGUUUGGUUUGUACCAGAGUCUCCUCGGUGGCUUAUUUCACAAGGUCGACAUGAUGAAGCCCAAAAAAUAAUCCAGAAGUAUUGUGGUUCAACAGUUACAACACCGACUUGUAUGACAAUUGAAAAUUUAUCAACCAAGCCACCACCAGAAACCCCAACAAAAUUAAAAGAAAAAACGUCUUUCUUUAAUCGCGACUUUGAAAGCUUAAAAAUUUUGUUUUCGGAUUCUAUAUUAAGAAAUAAUAUUUUAAUUGUGUAUUUCAUAGCGUACGCAACGGCAGCAGUUUCAUAUUCACUUGUCUUCAGUAUUGAUAACUUCAAAACAGAUCGCUACAUUUACAUGUCAAUCGUUGUUGUCAAUGAAUUACUGUCACAUAUGGCAGUUUCAGUGGUUCUGAUAUUUCUAAAUUGUCGGAAAGCAAAUAUCAUCAUCCUUAUAAAUGUAUUCAUUGUGAUGAUGGGGCUACUGGCGGUCCCUGAAGAAGACAAGAAUACAAUAAUAGGAUUAGCUUUAUUUGGUAAAUUUUUAACAGCAGCAACUUACACCAUUAAUUUAUUAUUAGUCGCGGAGUUAUUUCCCAGUACUGUUAAAAAUUCAGCGUUAGGUACUAGUCUAAUAAUGGUCCAGUUGGGUUCAACAUCGGCGCCAUUUAUCGUUGAUUUGCUUGGUAACGUUGCAUGGUGGGCACCAACAACUUUGUGCGGUAUUUUAGCUCUCAUUGCAGCAUUGUUUUGCAUUUUAUUACCUCAAAAAAAUUAAUUACUCAGGCUGUAUGUUCAGGAAUAUCAAAAUUAAUAAAUUGUUUUUGAGAAAUUGAUCAUUUUUAUUGAAUUUCAUUGGACAAUUAAUAAAAUAAAAUAAUCGGUUGUAAAAAAAAUAAUAG